AUGGAGGGAGUCGAAGAAGCUAACAGGGCAGCUGUGGAGAGCUGCCAUAGAGUUUUAAGUUUGUUAUCUCAACCUCAGGAUCAGGUUCAAUAUAGGAAUUUAAUGGUGGAAACUGGAGAGGCUGUGUUUAGGUUCAAGAAAGUUGUUUCUCUUCUAAAUACUGGUUUAGGUCAUGCAAGAGUUCGGAAACUUAAGAAGUUACCAACCCCUUUAUCCCAAAGCCUCCUUUUAGAUAACCCACUGAAUAGAACAGACUGCUCAUACAAAACACCUCAGUUUCUCCAGUCUAGUAGUUACCUGGAAAGCCAACCAAUUCAAGAAUUGGGCUCAAGUGCUAAGAAUUGUCUAUCUCUGGGAACCCCAUCUUUGGAAUUGAGUUCAAAUGGGAAAAACCCUCUUCAGCUUGGCCAACCCACUCCAGCAACACAUUUUCAGUUGCUUCAACUUCAUAGGCUACAGCAUCAGCAGCAGCAGCAGCAAAUGAAGCAGCAAGCUGAGAUGAUGUUUAGAAAGAGCAAUAGUGGUAUAAGCUUGAAUUUUGAUAGUUCUAGCUGCACACCUACAAUGUCAUCCACUAGAUCUUUCAUAUCUUCCUUGAGUAUAGAUGGUAGUGUGGCUAAUUUGGAAGGAAGUUCAUUCCAUUUAAUGGGGCCGGCUCGCUCCUCGGAUCAGAGUUCACAGCAACACAAGAGGAAAUGCUCUGUAAGGGGAGAUGAUGGAAGUGUGAAAUGCGGAAGCAGUGGUAGAUGCCAUUGUUCAAAGAAGAGGAAACAUAGGGUGAAGAGGUCGAUCAAGGUACCUGCUAUUAGCAACAAGCUUGCUGACAUCCCUCCUGAUGAUUAUUCGUGGAGAAAGUAUGGGCAAAAACCGAUCAAGGGUUCUCCUCAUCCCAGGGGAUAUUACAAAUGUAGCAGUAUGAGAGGUUGUCCUGCAAGGAAGCACGUGGAGAGGUGCUUGGAAGAUCCAUCUAUGCUUAUUGUUACCUAUGAAGGUGAACAUAACCACCCGAGGAUUCCAGCACAAUCCGCAAACACAUAA